ACAAUAGGGAAAUUAUUUACUUCAGUUUCAUUAAAGCCGCCGUGGUUGGUGUUGCGAAUGUCUUGUUGCGGAGUGUAGGUGAUUGUUAAAUAAAGUUGAAUUUUACAACUUCACUGCAAAAAGAAAUGAUAAUAUUAAUUAAUCAUAUUUAUGAAAUUAGUGUUUAUGUUGUUGCCAUUAAUUAAAAUAUUGAAUGUAUUUGAUACGGAAUAAUAAUAUUAGAGAGUGAAAAGAAAAUUUUUGCAUUGCCAUUUCGAAUUGAUUUUUCCAAUUAGUAAGAUAUAAAAAUUAGAAGAAAAUACUGAAUUUAAAAAGGUAAAAUGCAUUAGUGAUACUUUUUAAAUGCCGGCCAAAUACACAAAAAAUGUCAGCCAUAUUAAUAAAUCAAAGCAAAGAACUGAAUACCGUUCCAUCAACACCGUCCCGAAAUUCUUAUAACGAUAAUGGCACAUACUCAAAUGAUAAUGGCUCAAGAGAUCUUUGCAUCGAUAGCAACAUCUGUGAGCAAUUGCUUGGAGACAAAAUGUCUGCUUUGGAUAUAAAUGAAGUCAUUUUGCAAAAUUGCGAUGGAAGUGACAGUGGAGUCGAUAUUACAACUAAUGCCAAUGUUACACUUCAACGUGCACUCAGUAAUAACAGUGGAGGUUAUACGAGCAGUAAUGGUGGUUUAGAUGAGACUUCUCAUGGACUAAAUAUGUCUUGCGAUUCUAGUAUGAUAAGUUGUAGUUCCGACUUAUAUGAACUGAAAACUGGUAUAGUCACUGCGGCAGUUAUGCGUACUGCAACUAACUAUGAAUGUUGUAGUGAAAAUGGCAGUGAAAGCUCUUCAUUGACAGGAACUGCACAACCUAUUGUACGUAGAUCGAAUAGUGUCAAGAAAAAGGUGGCAAUGUUUGAACCUGGUGGUCUGCAUAGCAUUAGUACGCCUAUAGUGAAAAACGCAAAGGAAAGAGAUGUGAAUGAUACUGUCUCACCAGCUGCUGGCCAGUUAAGUUCCGAAAUAUCGACACCAGUACGUUCUAGACCAAAUGGUUUGAAGCGUACAACUUCACUUUCGCGUCCACAACAAAAUGCAACAUCGCAAGCACGUGAGCGCAUCGCUGAAAGACAAAGUAUAAACAAAGGCGCUUCUGUUACGCCAUUUCGUGGAACACAAACUCGCAUUGCCAAACCCCAAAAACCCGAUUCUCUACCAAAUGUAUUAAGCCGAACUCAAUCUGCCAGUAUGCAAAGAUUAGUUAUUCAACGGACACCGUCAUUAAGCCGUGCACGCACGCCAGGCACGCCGUCUGAUGAUGGACGCUGGCCAGGAACAUCAACGCCACGAAAUAUAUCGUCAGCUACAAAGCGUGGUAUGUCAGUUGCACCAGAUCUAAUUUCAAUGAAAGCACGUUCAAAUGCAGUUGUUAGUGAUUUAAAAACAAACAUCAUAAAUCCUUAUAGUACAAUGCCGCGUAGACGCAAACAAAAAUCUGUGGAAGAUUUAACAGGACGCAGUUCGCGUAGCAGUUCUAUAAGUAGAGAAUCACGUAUGACGUCUUCAGUGAUUUUACCCACACGGAAAAAUUUAGCAAACUCUUAUAAUACUCCUACGCACACAAAAACAUUACCAACUACAACUGCUACCAGCAAAAUUGCAUCUGUGAGAAAGUUGCAGCAACCUAAAACGCGUAUAUAUCAUGAGACGAGUGUGCAAACUGCAUUAACUAGCGUAGAUAUCGAUAAAGCAUUUUCAGGAGGUGUCUCUAAUACUAGGCCGGUGGAUGCUGCAGAACAAAGAGAACAACAAACUCAAACAGAUAUACGUGAUCGAGAAUUGGAACGUUUGCGUGAUGAAAAUCGUCUACUGACAGUGCGUGAACAAGAGCUUAGUGGUAAACUACAACGUGAACGAGAAGAGAAACUCAGCAUGCAACGUGAACUACAUUUGAAUACAGAGAGAGUUAUGGGUAUGUUGGAAAUGGCGCGUAUAGCUGGUGGUAGUCAGACUAUAAAUGAUGUGGGCACACCUACAUCUGAUGAUGGCGGACAUGACAGUUUGCUAAUGUUAGAAUCACAAAUUCAAUUGAGUGGACACGAAUUAUUUGAGCGUCAACAGGAAAUUGGACAAUUACGUCAAUUGUGCAGAUCUUUACAAUUAGAAAUGGAACGUUCGUUAGCAACUCAAGAGUGUCUAUUGCAAGAAAAAGCGGAGAUUGAGCAAGAGUCGAAUGAACUACAAGACUUUUUGCAACAUGAAAAAGUAACGAUGUGUGAUGCCCUUAAAGAAAUAGAAUCUGAAUAUCAACAUUGCAAACAACAGCUGUCCAAUCGCGAUGAGGAAGUAAAAGUUUUGCGUGACGAAUGCAGACAUUUAGUAAGAUUAAAUGAGCAACGAAGACAAGAAAAUAGAAUGCUACAGGCAAAAUAUUCAGCUCUAGAAAACAAAUCUAAAGAGCUCAUACAACAAAAGAACACUUCAAUAGUUGCUGCCUCAACGUCCUUAUCUGGCUUACAUACACGUUUGGAUAAUUUAGUGGAACAAUUGAUUUCAUCAUACAGUAUUUCGGAGCAAGAUUUGGAGGAUAUUGGUUUUCAAAGUGAAAGCCAACUUAAUAGCAUAGAUGGUUCGAAUGAAAACGACACAAUUUCAAUAAAAACAUAUGCCAAUGGAAUUGACGCCUCUGCUUCGCUAUCAAUUCAACAACAAAUGCCUUUGUCACAAGGUAGUGAUGGUUCUUUGUCACCACAAAGAAAUCAAUCAUUUAUUGCAGCUGUAAUUAGUGCCAUACGUAAUGCUACCACACCUUCCGGAAAACGUUUAUUAGCUCGUAACGUCAAACGUAUGGGAAAUCAAGGUAGUAAUACUAAUAACAAUUCUAAUCAAAAUUACAUUGCUGGCAAUGAUGGUGAUUCUGAUUCAACAGAAAUGUUAGAUUCUGAAACGGAGCCCUGUCUUAUGAUGGAUAAUGUAUUAGAGGAUGUUAACAUGCCCGAUUCACAUUCACAUAAUAUGGUAUCAUCAUGCACGGGUAUGAUCUCACAAAUUGAAGUCCCAUCAGAAUUGUUGAAUGUAAACAGCGCUACUUGUGAUGAUUCGUUGCAAAACCUGUCUCAAGCGAUUACAAAUCGUCAACAAAUGGAAUUGCAAAUAAAUGCCAUGGCAGUACCAAAAAUCGCAAUACCGACAAAUCAUCACGACAACUGUGUUUCGGACGAUAUAAGCUGUCAUGAUUCUGUUGCUGAAAUGCCUUCAUUGGUCGAGUACUGUUCUGUGCAAACAGUUGUCGAUCAAGUUAUUGAAGUUGAUAGCUUAGUUACUAAGCUAUUGAAAGUAUUGCGUUUAAUACAAAUGGAUAAUGAUAAUUGCAUACAACAACUAAUAGUAGAUAAGAAUAAAUUGCAACAAAACAAGGAAGAUAUGUUAGAGAAAUUAAAGGACUUAGAAGAUGUAAACAUGAAAUUACAGGAUGAACUAAUGGAUGCUACACAGGAGUUAAUGUUAAAAAAUAAUGACCUUACAAGUACCAAAGCCGAAAUGCAGCGACAUCGGAAUGAAAUUGAUCGCCUGAAUGAGGAUAUCUGCACUCUAAGUACACUUUGCAGUAACUACAGAAAGUUGUCACCAAGCACAGAGUUUCCGCCAGUGCAAUUGCUAAACUCGCCGGAUAAAAUGAGUACAAGUUCCAAUGAGAUGGAUGAUAUUGCUGGUAUAUUAAAUGUGCUAAAAUUAUGGCAAUCUGAGGGUCAACUCAAGGACAUCAGAAUAUGCAAUUAUUUAAAAAAACUAUUCACAGCUAAUAAGCCCCAAUCAAAUUCACAGGAUAAUAACGAACGCUUACUCGUUUAUGCGAAUCAAUUGGAAAACGUUAUGAUAUUACUGAAUUCCUGCAAGAAUUUGGCUAGUGAUUAUCCUGCGUUGGAAGAAUUACGUAAAGGAAUGGAAACUAUUAAGUUAAAUGCAAAUUGGACUCACGUAUUGGAGACUAAAUUUUCUACAAACAAUGCUGAUGAUGAUGAAAUUAAUGCAAACGAAUCAAUUAAUUAGAAAAAAAAUUAUGUGGAGUUAUUUGGAUUUAUUCUUUUUAAUAAUAAAAGUAUUAUAAUUGCUCGAAGAGCAAGUUUUGCUCGUUCAGAAAAACAUUAUUAGUACCGAACAGCUGAGAGUUUUUUAAAGUUAAAAUGCGGUAAUAUACAUAUAUACUUUUAUUAAGUCCGUAUAAAAAAUUAUGUCAGCUCAUUUUGGAAAAAAUAUA